AUGGGCGACCACACAGCCUUCUUCUACGGUCCGUCUCCCCCCCCCCUCCCCUCCCCUCCCGCCUUCCCAACCCUCCACCCCACCCACCCCACCCAUCCAACUAACAUUCCCUACCCCCAACUAGGCACCCUCAUGGUCCCCAAAGUCCUCCACCGCGUCAUCUACGGCACCUCCACCCCAGAGCCCUGGCAGACGGCGUCGCUCCGCCCGCCGCGCCCGGCGCUGCUCCACGCGCACCAGCGCCGCAAGGUCCGCCACGCCGACUACCCGGGCGUGAUCCCGCUCUCCGGCUCGGGCAGCAGCAGCAGCAGCACCAGCACUGGUAGCAGCGUCCGCGGCACCCUCGUCGCCGGCCUGACCGACGCCGACAUGUACCGGCUCGACCUGUUCGAGGGCGACGAGUACGAGCGGCGGCGCGUGCGCGUGCGCGUGCUGGUCGGCGGCGACGUCGAUGCCGCGGGCUUGCCUAGUAGUGGUGGUGGUGGUGGUGGCCGCGAGGAUGGGAAGGAGCAGAGGGAAGGGGAGGCGGAGGAAGUCGAGGCGGAGACGUACAUCUGGACGGCCGGGGAGCGGCGGCUGGAGGACCACGAGUGGGACUUUGGCGAGUUUGUGCGCGAGAAGCUGCGGUUUUGGGUCGGCGAGGGGGCGAGCCAUGAGUAUGCGGAUGUCGACAAGGCUGUUUCGGCAGAAAGCAAUGGCGUAGAUGGCACUGGCGGGCGAGGAGCCAACGGCGCCAUCGGGAAGGCUUUGGAUGAAGACCACAAGACAGCCAAAGAAACAUUGAGGAACGCUGUGUAG